AUAUUUUUCUUGAGGCAAUUAAACUAACACCAUUUGUAAGUGCAACAUUUUGAAUAUUGUACAGAUUUCUCACUGAACUUGCACUGCCGGCAUUACCAGAAAUGACAUUUGGUGACAACAGCCUUGAGAUUAAACAUGAAGCAGGCUUUGGAAUCCAAUUUAAUGGUAUUGAUGCACUAAGGCUGGUCGACAACAAACAUGACUUAAUGAAGGUUGCUGUAGCUGAUGCUUGGCAGAGAGAAAGACAGGAUUCAGAGUUUAUUCAUGAAGUUAUAAAACCAUUUGAUUGGACGUUUACAACAGACUACAAAGGAACCCUAGUAGAAACCAAUGAAAAUAGCUUUAAAGUUUCUCCAUCCACACAAAGAAUAGACAUGGAAAAACUGAAAAUAAAAGAGAAAAUAUAUUUUUAUGAUGAUAUUGUAUUAUAUGAAGAUGAAUUAGCUGAUAAUGGUAUUGCUAAGCUUAAUGUCAAAAUGCGUGUAAUGCAGAGCUCAUUAUUCCUAUUGCUGAGGUUUUUCUUACGAGUAGAUGGAGUCUUGGUUAGAAUUAAUGACACUAGACUAUAUCAUCAGGCAGGAUCUAAUUUCUUUUUAAGAGAAUACUCUUCAAGAGAAAAGCCAGUCUCACAGAUAACGGGUGUUUUAACUGAUCCUAACUCCUUGAGCGAUCAGCUUGAUAUAGUGAAAGAGACCGUUGAAGUACUGGAGUUUCAGUCAGGCACAGAUGCUAAAGAAAGUUGAGUCAAGGUGAUUUCAAGCCAUCAUUAUAUCAAACUUAAAAAAUAACGACUAAAAAAAUACCAAAUAGCUUUUUUCACAAUAUUCUAAUGACUAA